UUUUCAAAGUGUAUUACAUACAGUAAUCUGGCAUGCACAACCUAGGUUCUAUGAACAGCUAGUCAGAAUGUAUUGAUCUUAAUUUUAGUCGCACGACGUUUUAAAGGUCAGUGUUUAUAAAUAAUAUAUAAUUGGUGCAAAAUGAAAGUGAUGAGCAAGUUUCAUUCAGCUCAUAUUAUAAGUUGUAUCAAGCAUACUUUUCUUCAGAAACAUGUGUACUCCUAUUCAACCCAAUCGUCUUAUAAAAUUGGAUUUAUUGGAGAUGGAGCCAUGGCAAAAGCUAUUUGUAGAAGCAUACAUCGAAAAGGUUUGAUUGACUAUUCGAAUGUUUACGUAGCAAGUCCAUAUCCAAAAAAUCUAGACUCUUGGAAGCAACUGGGGGCUAAUGUAUCCACUGACAAUGCCGUAGUAGCACAAGAGGCCAAUAUCGUCUUUCUAGCAGUCAAACCACAUAUUUUAAAAGAGGCAUUAAUUAGCAUUUCAAAAAAUGCUUUGGCGGAUCAAAUUAGAAAUAAACUUUUUAUUUCUAUUCUUGCUGGUAUUACAAUACAUCAGUUGGAGGAAAUGUUAUCAAAAUUUGAAGGAAGCCGAGUAAUCCGAGUGAUGCCAAAUACACCCAUGUUAGUAGGCAAUGGUUGCACAGUGUACUGUCCUGGAUCCAAAGUGACUGAACAGGACCUACAGCUGGUUCAAAGCUUUCUUGAAGUAACUGGAAUGUGCCAGUGUUUGCCUGAACACAUGAUUAAUGCAGUAGGUGCUGUAACGGCCAGUGGUCCGGCAUUCGUUUACUUAUUCAUUGAAGCCUUAUCAGAUGGAGGAGUUAGAAUGGGAUUGCACAGGGAUAUAGCCACAAAGUUUGCCGCUCAAACUGUUAUGGGAGCGGCGCAAAUGGUACUGAAUACAGAGAAGCACAUGGGUACUUUAAAAGACGAGGUGUGCUCAGCAGGAGGACAAACUAUUGCUGGCAUACAUGCUUUAGAAAGAGGUGGUGUUAGAGGCGCAGUCAUGGAUGCAGUAGAAGCAGCAGCCUUGAAAGCAGUAGAAUUAGGAAAGCAAGCCAAAUAAUGACAAUAUCUGAUGAUGCAUGAUAAUAAUAGCCAAACAAAUGUUUGUAUAGCGAUUAUUAGUACGGAUUAUUUUAUUUUUAACAUCAGAAAAAAUGCCUAGUCAUAUGAUCGAAAAUGUAGACAUUAUUUAUUUGGUUUGGGUUAGUUGGGUGAUACCCCAACUUGGGUUUAGUUUGGGUGGUAGUGAUAACUCGGUACUUAGUUGUGUAAGUAAUAUAAUGCUGUUUUACCUAGCUGGUCCCUAAAUAAAAUAAGCUGUAAAUAAACAUAUAAGUAAAA